UGGCUGGCUCGCUGCUAUGCUCUGUCAGUCGAGCCUCACAACUCAAACGCAACGGUAGACGAGAAUAAAGAACGGCGAAAGCCUCGUGCUCCUCCAAGCCCCAAAACCAAGAACAACAACAAGGCGUCCAAUGGCAAAACAAGCAAUGGCAGUAGCAGCAACUACACAUUCCUGUUAACCGUUAACCAAAUGGCAAUUUAAUUAAAUAAUAUAUAUUUUUUUUGAGUUUUCUAACAGUAAUAAAACGAGUUACCGUUCUAAAACUGUAACUAAUACCUUGAAAUAGUGAAAAAAUAAAGCGAAAGGCAGCAGCCGCAUUUUGAAGUUACGUCAAAAGGAGUCAGUCGCCAAAGCUGGGUACCCGAAGAGCGCGAGGGAGAGAUCUGACGGAAAGCAACGAAAACACAACAGGAGAGCACGCGAUAAACGAAUAUAACUGAAAUUGUGAAAGGAGCAGAGUGAAGAAGGCAGUAGCAGAGAAAGCGGCAGCGUCAUCGAAAGGAGAAAGUUGUUUUUGGCGCGUCGUCCUCGCCGCCAUUUCAUUUCCUUUUUAUUUUUUGUUUCCCUAGUUUUGGCUUUUGUUUGCGUUUUAGUUUUUGCGUUUGCAGUCAGCCGGCUUGGCCAUAGAGUCGAUAAACCAGAUUGUGGGAGAGGAAGUGUAGGAGCUAAGGAGCCAGGGAGGAGGAGCAGGCAAAAAAAGAAGGCUACACCGAAGGCUUAUGUAAAGCGUAAUAUGGAAGCAUGUCGUCCACUUCCAGCUCCGUGCUAGCGUUGUCAUCGUUUAAUCUAUUAUUUUUCACCCAAGUGCUCACGGUGCUUAGUUCGACGAUCAAGUACAAUGAAUAUGCCACUGACAGGGGCGGUAAUGUGAGCAUUCCCUGCAUUGCCCAGGGCAACAUAAUGUGGGUGAAAGAGCACGGCAGCAACAGCACUAUAGUUCAGACUGGUCGUGUUUUGGUACUGCGCAAUGUGAGUACCGCGGAUUCUGGCAUUUACGUGUGCUUCGCCUCGCAGCCACGCCCAUCAACAACGCCUGUAAUUGUAGCAUCUGUAAAACCUGCCACAUCAACAACUACCUCGCCAGCAUCCAAGAAAGAGGAGCCCGUGCAGAAUGAACAGAAUGACAGCACAGAGUCCCCUAAGGAUUCGGAGCAGGAGGAGAUGGCAUACCAGGCUUUCCAGCGAACUAGACUCACCGUCCGUACGGUCCCCGGCCCGGUGACCCAGCUCUACUUCAAGGCCUCGACCAUCCUUGGCUUUCUCAUCUGGCGGUUUAACAAGACCCAGUCCGGGGGCUACCCGGUGCGCAGCUUCACGGCUGAGUUCCGAAACGUCUCCUACAGCUCUCCGCCGGCAAACGCCAGUUUCGAGCAUGUCUGGAGCCGAAUGGAUCCCAUCAACAUAGCUCCCAAUGUGCGUCAAAUGGAGGUAUAUCGACUGGCACCCAACACUACCUAUGAGUUUCGGAUAUGGGCCAACAACGAGCUGGGUAGCGGAGAGGUGGUCACCACGAAUGUCACAACUCUGCCGGAGACCAAAGAGGAGGAUCUCAUACGCCUUAUAAAACCCGACUUAGACAAUUUCGAUCCACGCAUUUGGAUAGUAGCUGUCAGCAUAGUGCUCGGAACCCUUGUGAUAUUAGCGAUUGGACUCUGCAUUGUGCUCUCCAAGGAGUGCUAUCAGUCAACGCAAAUGGAACUGCAAGAUGGUUGGGACAGCAUAGAGCUUAUACCGAAUAUAAUACUUAAUCCCGGUUUCAGCGAGUCUGACGGUGCUGGAGAGCCUGGUGGCGAUAGGGAGCAUGCAGAUGGCGAGGAGGAGGAGGAAAACGGGGAGGAGGAAGAAGAGGUCAUAGACCAGGCCCCGCCUCUGGCGUUUCCCCGCAGUAUUUUGUUUUCUCCGCCCCAGGGCCACCAGCUGCAACAUCCUCACACUACCUCCGCCCAUCUGCACUUGAAGCACCACCCCCACUAUCCGUACUACCCGAACCGUCGACAGAACCACUUCCCGCAUCACCGUAGACGCGACGAGGAGGAGGAGGAGGAGUACGAGGAAGAGCAGGAGCCCACCAUGGAGAGGUUCAAGCGGAAGGUGUCGGUCUUCUUCACCGGUCCCACCAUCAAACGUAUUUGAGAGUACAAAAACUUCAGCGCCGGGUUGUUAAUUGCUGUUUGAUCGGCCGAUAGUCUACAAAAUAAAUACAUAGUAUAUAGCGAGAGAGAGCUUACCGGCUAAAUAUUAUUUUUAUUAGGUUUUUGCUUGAAGGCUAGAAAAUAAAACAGAGCACCAAAGAUAGUCCUGUCCCCUUUGAUUUUUGCUCAUUGUUGCUUAUUCAGAUCACAAGAUAUAUAAAUAAAUAGAUAUAUAUAGCAUACACUAGUAUUGUACACUGAUAACAAAUAUAUUGCUGUGAUAAAAAUUCAAUUGAGAGGACAUUGUAAGAACUCGAAACCUAAAACACACAAUGAAAAUUAUUAACCAUUAUAAAUUUUGCUGAAGCUCGUAAAAGAAAAAAAUACCCACUUGAAUUUUGCGUAGUUAAAUAUGUCAUCUGAGUUUAUAUAUAAAUUAUAGUAAAGUCGUAAAAAUUUCCUUAGAAAUCUAAAGGAUCUUAUCUUAAAAAAGAUAUCUAGGGGGUCCACUUUAGUUUCUUUGUUAUUUAAGAUCUUGGAGAUUAAAUUUAAAAAUAUACAUUUAACAGAUACUUUGUGGCAUUUGGUUAAAAUUAAAUGGUCCUCUGAUUUUUCUAAAACAUUAUAUAAAAUCAAAAUGAA